GGUUGACUACACAAUGAAACAAUAAAGCAAAUUCGCUUUUGGAGAAAAAUAUUGCCGUUGGUGUUUGGUGGUGCUGUAAAAAUGGCGGUUAAUUCACCGAGUCAUUGUGCUGCGGCUCAGUUGAGUCGAUGUCUUCGUACUCGUUCUCCUUUUCCUUUCUCCUAUCGGAACUUUUUCAGAACCUGUUUAUCUACUGAAGCUCCUACUCCAAGGCUGGUAUCUGUUCGUUGUCAGAAACCCAGUUCGGAUGGAUUCCAGUCCAUGCCAGCGACCAGCUUGGAGGACUCCGAAGCCUCGAUUGGCUCAUCGGGUUCGUCGUCGACUUCCUCCGUCAUUGAUUUUCUCACAUUGUGUCAUCGCCUCAAGGCCACAAAGAGAAAGGGAUGGAUCAACCAUGGAAUACAGAAUCCCGAGUCAAUUUCCGAUCAUAUGUACCGGAUGGCUUUGAUGGCUUUGAUUGUUCGUGACCUUCCUGGUGUAAACAGAGAAAGGUGUAUAAAGAUAGCAAUUGUGCAUGAUAUUGCUGAAGCUAUUGUCGGAGAUAUAACACCAUCUGAUGGCGUGCCUAAAGAAGAAAAAAGGAGGAUGGAGCAGGCAGCUUUAAAUGAAAUGUGUAAAAUUCUUGAUGGAGAUUUGAGGGCUGAAGAGAUUAAAGAAUUAUGGGAAGAGUAUGAAUAUAAUUCUUCCACCGAGGCUAAUCUUGUCAAAGAUUUUGACAAGGUAGAAAUGAUCCUCCAAGCUUUGGAAUAUGAAGAAGAACAUGGGAAGGUGCUGGAUGAGUUUUUUCUUUCAACAGCAGGAAAAUUCCAGACCGAGAUUGGAAAAAGUUUAGCUGCUGAGAUCAAUAGUAGAAGAAAUUCAACAUAGCCUGUGUCAAAUAAUAAUCUAAUUUUUCAAACAAUCAAAUGGUUGAGCCAAGCCAUUUUGAAUGGCCUUUUACCCGCUUGCAUUAUCCUCACACAUCUUUUUUCCUUUUUCUUUUAUUAUUAUUCUAAUGUAAAAUGGAAUGAGAUAAUUGCUUUGAGGUAACUUAUAGAAUCUGUUGUUUUGUUUUC